UACAUUCAAACUUUUGCAAUGUCCUCUAAGAAGGGAAUUGACAGUUAUAACAGGACAAUAAGCUUCAUAUUCCAUACCCUUCUUCUUAGAAGGAUGAAGCUUACAAUUUUAUUACUAGUAUGUAUUCAGGUACUCGGCUCUAAUGCUGCCAAAAAACAAACCCAUGUGUCUAAGCUUACAGCCCUUCCUUGCAAUGACCCUGGAGCAGAAGCAGCUGCGGAUUUGUCCCUGAGUCAGCUAAAUGCCAACCGCAGACAGGGUGCUGUGUUUGGACUGAAGAGGAUUGUCAAUGUGCAAGAACAAUAUGAGGAGGAGACUGGUUUUGUGUAUUACCUGACCUUGGAAGUGUUGGAGACAGAAUGCCAUGUACUGAGUCGAAAAGACUGGAAAGACUGUGCGCCUAAAGCCCGCAAUCAAGCUGCAUUUGGACAAUGCAAAUUUAUUUUCCAUCUUAACAAACCGCAGAGAAUAGCUCAAUUAUACAACUACGACUGUACCCUGACACCAGUUGCUCGAGGUUCUGAAGGCUGCCAUGGCUGUCCUGCACCUAUUGCUUUGAAUGACUCUAGAUUUCAGGAUAUUGCAAACAAGGCCAUUGAGAAAUUUAACACGAAGAGCAACUACAAUGCAUAUUUUUCAAUUGGUAAUAUCACAAAAGCCACAGCUCAGGUGAUUGCUGGAAUUGCAUAUCAUGUUGAGUUUACAAUUCAAGAAACAACCUGCAACAAAUCAGUAUCGACUGAAAACUUGGCUCUCUGCUCACCUUUAGAUUGUGAAUUUGCACACACCGGCUACUGCAAAGGUCGGGCAUUAGCACAUUGGAGUAGACCAAAUGAUCCAUAUCUGUCAGUGACCUGCAAAGUAUUUGAGCCAGAGGAUGCUAUUAUUGAAGAGCAACAACAUCAGGAUGGCCAUACUGAUCCAAAACCUGAGAAAGAUGCUGGAAAACGUCAACCUGGUAAGAAGGAAGAAAAGAAGGAAGAAAAACAAGGGAAGAAACCAGGGAAAUCUAAUCAUGAUCAUGAUGAAAAUGAUGAUCAUGAACAUGACCACCAGCAUCUCCACCCCUAUGAACAUCAUCACCCUCAAGUGGGGCAAAGACGCCCAUCAAAAUCUGAAAAACCUGAAGGCACAAUUACAUAUGUAGGUACUGAAGAAGAGCCCAAAGACAAGAAAGACAAGAAAGACAAAAAUAAUCCUGGCAAAUCCAAGCCAGAAAAAGAAAAGGGCCCUAAAGGAGACAAAACACAACCUAAAGCAUCCAAGUCAUUUAUUCAACCGUUUCCUGAACAAGCUUCACCAUCUGCUCAGUGCCCAGGAGAAGUCAAGACCUAUGUUCCACCUGUUGCCCCAGUGGACUCAACAGCACUUCCUUUUUAAAUAUGCAUUAAAUUUCAUUUGUUUUUUUAUUACAUUUUACUUUUUCUUCUUCACAUACACCAUUAUGUUUUAUUAUUCACUUACAAGAUGUACAAACUUAAAAGAGCAAUAAACAAUAACUCUCAAAUCAA